AUGUCGCUCGAGUUCACAGCUGCUCAGAAGCAAGUUCUGGAGAGCUACGGCAAGCCCUUUCCCGUCAACGCCGAUAUUCGCACGUGGCCCAUUCAGCAUCGCACAGACCUUCUGUUCAGCUGCAACCUGAUCACAAUUUUUAUAGAGGCGGUGACAUCUUGUGAUUCAGUAUGCAGCGAAGUUUAUGUCCUGCCGAAAUACGCCCUCGCGGCUGUGUCGCCAACCUUCGCCGAGCAUCUCCUGCAGAAGCCAAAUCUCGAGUCUCUCGUCUUCGAUAUCGGUCGCAUGGAUAAUAAUCUGCAAAAGGAACAUCGGAAAGCUGUCGACACACUGUGUAUAUGGCUGAUGAGCCUCGCCACUCCUCUGAUAUUCGACUUGAAAGCACCCACUUUCUACUCGCAAAUCUCUCUGCGUCACUUGGCUCGUCAGUUGGGUAACGUACAUCCAUCCGUAGCGAAACAACCAUCGUAA